UGCUGGGCUUGGCGAAUCAGCAUCAUCGAUGGAUCCAGACGCCGAGUGGAAGAGACCACAGAGCGAUUUGUUCUCUCCGACUCGCCUCCGUAGCAGUCCCGUUCAGUACGAUUUCCCGGGCGAUCGGUUUAUACCCAGUAGGAGCCUGAUGGAUCUUGAUCAUGCUCAUUCUUUGCUCACAACCAGGGCGGAAGUUGCCCCCAGCCCUAAAUUCAAUGAAAAGUACCGGCAGAAGCUGGAGGAGAAUAUAAAUUUAGAUUCUGAAGGAAGGCCAUUCAGGAUGCUGGUUUUCAGGGGUAGCCCAAAAUCAAGUAGAAAGUCUCUUCGUCAUAUUGAUGAAAUGAGGCAUAGUGAGGAGGAGGCUUUACAUUGUUCAAAUAAGCAAUACCGGCGAUUCCCGAAGAGUGAAGCUAGUGUCCUCGAUGCGCCAAAUUUAAUGGAUGAUUACUAUAUGAAUAUCAUGGACUGGGGGAAAACCAACACUCUUGCGGUUGCUUUAGGAUCAGAGAUAUACCUGUGGAAUGCUGGAAACAGAAAAACGCAAAAGUUGCUGCAAGUAGAUCACGAACUUGAUCAUCCUCGUAGCGUAGCCUGGUCUGAAGAUGCUAAAACAGUAGCAGUUGGAUUCAUGUGCUCAGAAAUUCAGCUCUGGGAUGCCGAGGCUCACAAACUUAUCAGAAGCUUAGGUGGUCAUGAAAAAAGAGUAGGCACCCUCGCGUGGAAUGGCCACAUUCUAACAUCUGGCAGCCAAGAUAAAUCUAUUAUUAAUCAUGAUGUACGAGUGAGGACCAAUUCCAUUUCUCGUACAAGAACACAUACUGAUGAAGUAUGUGGUUUGAAAUGGUCAAUUGAUAGCAGCAAAUUGGCAAGUGGUGGAAAUGACAAUCUUGUAUACGUCUGGGAAGCUUCCAAGAUAAGUUCGUCCCAUUUCUUGCAGAGGCUGAAGGAUCAUCAUGGUGCAGUUAAGGCCCUUGCUUGGUGCCCAUAUUACUCUGCUUCUGAUGUACUAGCUUCUGGAGGCGGUACAGCAGAUAAAUGUAUCAAGAUAUGGAAUGUGAUGACAGGACAAUGCAUUAACAGCAUUGACACCAAAGCACAGGUUUGCGGCUUGGAAUGGAACAGGCAUCACAAGGAAAUACUGAGCGGCCAUGGCUUCAGUGAAGGUGAGCACGGGAACCAACUGUGCUUGUGGAAGUAUCCUUCCAUGUCUAAAACAGAAGGGGUAAUGAGGCAUUCAUCUAGAGUCCUCCAACUUUCACAGAGCCCAGAUGGACUGACAGUAGUAUCAGCUGGAGCAGACGAGACCCUUCGGUUAUGGGAGAUUUUUGGACCUCCACAGAACAGCAACUCUAGGAUUUCACAUCUGGAUGGCAUGUUGUCCUUGAGGGCAUUCCCAUUAAGAUGAAAGGAAAUGGAAUACUGGGUAUCUUUUCUAUUUGCAACUGAUGUUAGUUUUGUGCAUAAGGAUGAGAAUAGUCUGUUUCCUAGAUAAAUUUGGCAAAUAUGCCAUUUGGUUUUUGGUUCCUGCAUAUCAAAUGCCCGAUGCCUUUGUAAGAUUUUGUAGCAUAUAUGUCUAGAAUUCUAAUGCUCGGACAUAAUUAUCCAUCUUUACAAACUGUGAAAAGGCACAAAAAUCCUUAUAGUAGCACUCUUAGUCAUAGGCUGCCUGUAAAUGCUAGUUUCCCUCAGAUCAAUAUGAACAGUCAAAAG